AUGAUGGUGGAAGGCCUAUCCAAAUGCUCAAGGCGCAACAAUCUACAUGUCAGAGGUUUACCGGAGGCACCAAACGAAGGCCCCUUAACACUAAAGAUGGUGGAAUGCUUCCAACAACUGCUUCCUGAAAUCCCAGAGGAGAAGUAGGUGAUUGAUAGAGCCCAUAGAGCCCGACAGAAUGAAAGCCCAGUCCCACGUGAUAUAAUCAUCCGCUUCCAUUUCUUCUCGACCAAAGCAGCAAUACUAAAAUAUGACAGAUCACGAAUUUACAUACCAAAAUUCCACUCUCUCCCUCUAUAAAGAGCUAGCAGAUCUACUUUGAAAACACGGGUCAGUUUCACAUGGGGACAUCUCUUUAAGAUCAUAGCCUUCACAGCGAGCCUUACCCACACCAUAUUGCAGGGCACUGAUCCUGCUACCUUCUUCUGUCAUCUGGCCAUCGUGCCCCCACUGGACUUUGCCUUACCUGGAUCUAAAUACCCACUCCUCACCUCCUUCCCUUGGGACUGGUAUACCACAGGCAAGAACAUGGAAACACUUACCUGA